AAUGAAAACAGGUUUUCAUUAUAAAUGCAUUGAAUGGAUGCAGAUCCUUGUGGUACUGAUCUAAAACUAAAUAAAAUCCCUAAAUUACGUUGGGGUACUAAAAUUGGCAGCAAUACUGGUGAAAUCACCCAGGACUACAGAAGAGACCCUAGUAUCUGGGAAACACUGUGGUUAUGUGUUCUGGUUGCAAUACAAAAUCCUUCUGCAAAACAGAAAAAAAGCUCUAGGAGUGACAAUACCACUACCACCUCUCUCAAGUCAUGAACAGUAUAACCUAGUAUUAUCUGAUUAGCCACCAUCUUGACCUAAAAUAUAAUUUAAUUUCAACUAUUUACACUGCAACUACCAUACUGGAAAAUGAGGAGUAGAUUUGCUAUACUGCUGUUGCCCUGUUUUAAACGUUGUCCUUCAAAUUGUGCACCAAGUGCCCAUUGUCACCCUCAGUGCCUCUUCUUAUUAAUACCCCUCCAUAAGAGGUCAUGAGUAACUUUGAGUAAUUCCAGAAACGUGAUUUAAAAGGAGGCGUGUGGGGUUUGAAGCAGCAAGCUUUACAUAGCAAAAUUCAGCAUGUGCUGCUCUUCCUUUUCUUUAUGUAUUAAAUGAUAAGCAGGUGAGGAGAGCAGCCCAGGGCCACUUCAGUAACCAUUAAUCUGAGAUGUAGAAGCCUUCUGAUGCACCUUCAAAUUACAAACAAAUAAAAAAAUUGAGUUAGUUCAUUGGAUUCUCAGCAAUUUUUUUGCUAGUUUAGCCAUAGACAUCAGCAAGCCCCAAAGAAGUAGAACAAUAAACGCAUGAAGUCACUAUUUCAUAGAUUUGUACAAUCUGUUUCAUGCCUCAUGGCUGCCAGUGUGAUACCUUCCAACCUCAAGCUUUCAGCCCAAAGGAGGAGUCUGCCAGGACAGUCCCAGGAAAAGGUGACUGGCAUCAGCCUGUCAUAAGCUUCAGGAGGGGAUUCCCAAACAUCCCAGUCAUGUCCAGCUAUGUGUCCAUGCUACAGCAGCUUUUCUGCUUGUGAGUGGGGAAGCACUUCAAUCAGUAGCACAAAGUAGCCCUUGUAUUCACACGUGUAAGUCUUUUUCACACAUAUAACCCAUUCAAAUCCUCACUUAUAGCUCUAUAACCUAAUGCAUGAGCUAACAGCAGCAUCUUGGCAGCUUUACUCUGGUGGCUUGACAUCCUUCUCAGGUACCAGAGCUGCACCUCUGCUGCCUUUGCCUAAUUCACACUGCCCUCCUCAGGGUGACUGCAGCGAGCAGAGGCAAGGACACUCGUUUUCAAAUCUUGUAGGCAACCACUAACAGAGAAAGUUGCUGUUGUCCAUCAUCCACUACCUUUAAGCACAUGAAAUAGCUCAUCACUGCACAUAUUUAAAGCGAACAAAAGCAGAGCACUCAUUAGGAAAGUGAUCCUUCUCUUACAUACCAGAAGCAAGGUUUGACCCCAGCUUACAUGGUCUCAGGCCAUUGCAUGUGUUUGCACUUUAUUCCGUACUGCGAACACAUGCAGACAUAUGAGAUGAUUGAUGCCUGUAUCUACAGAUACCUGUAGCUCCAGUCACUGUCAUAUUCUGAGCAUUCAGCAGAUUUACAGAGAGCUAUCCACAUUAGUAAUAUGUUUAUCAUGCUGUCCAAGUGCUUAUAUCACACCAGCACUGGUUAAUGCAGUUACUCUGGUACAUUUUCUAAACAUUCAUCAGCCACAGAAUUACCACCACUAUCUUUUGGUUAGCAUGCUUUCAUGUCCUUAAGAUGUUAAGAUACGGAUUUAAUAUUUUCCUGGGGAUAAACACUCAUGUGAGAAUAACUGACUUAAUUUAGCAUCUAGAAAGAAUUACUAGGAAAAGAUUUAGGCAAAACUUUUCUUGUACAACUCCAAGCACAGGCAACACAGUUUUUUGCCUUAUCACAGAUAAAAAAUUCAUGUCCUCUGCACUAUGGCUGGCUCAUGCCAAGGCCAAGCACAGUUUACACCUGUGACUUGUAAGGUGCUUUGCCUUUCAGGUUGAGCUUCAAGUUUUUUUUAAAACCUAAACAUUAACCUAAAUUCACUGACAAAUUCUCGCUCACCAAAGAUAUAACCCCCACCUCUAAGUACCUUACGUUACUGUGUGUAAUCAUCAUCUGUACUUGAUACAGCAGCAUUUCAGUGUUGGUAUUGACACUUCAGAGCUUGUCACAGCACUGGCAUGAAACCGAGCAGCAAACAAACUAGCAAGUAAAGAGGUCCAGCUCCAUGUGCUGCCUUCACUUUGAAUGUGGGCCUAACCUGUGAAGAAAGGUACAGAGUGCCAAAGCUGUUAAAAUCAAUGGAAGUUAAGUACCUAGACAUCUUUACUACUCAGGACUCGGUCCUUGAAUCCUUUAGUCUCUACAUACGGGUUUACAAGUUCUCAGGAAAGGGUAAGUCCUGUACAGUUCCUCACAUCACCCAUUCUGCUGCUGUCCCCUAUACAGCUCCUGCUUGAACAAUCCACAGGAACUAGCGCAUAGUCCCAUGCAUCCCGGUUCUGCAAAAUUGGAACCUUUGCUUUUGCACAGAUCCAGUAGGAGGCUGACCCAAACAAGCUGGAAGUGUUUUAUUUUCACCUAGCUCCUCAUCUGUGUAGAAGCCAAUUGAGAAACUGAGCGUGUGGUUUGGCUAUUGUCACCUUUAGCAAUCCGUUCUAGACAUGCCAUUUCUCAGUGAUAAAUUGUUUUUAAUUCACAAAAAAAGGGAAUUGCUCUCUUUUUUUUUUCCUCUUUUGUACUAAGACCAUGUUUAAGCAGGCUACUUACUUAUUACUCCAGUUACAGUCAUUUAUGAAAAGACCUGUGUACAUGACAAAAAAAAACCCCUAACUGUAUUUUGUAAGUAUAGAAGGACCAAGUUACUAUAGCACAGAAGCACAAAUAUUGGAUUUUUAUGCAAUAUAGAUAACAGCAUCCGGCAGCUAGUGAUCCCUCUUCACUGAAACUCCCUAUUUUAAGUGGAGCUUCUAUAGGGAUAUGACUAAGGGGUCUCUUAGUGGCCCUCACCAGCAACACACCUGGAACUCCAGGAAGUUGUACGGCUGCAAGGAAGAAGUCGUAUAUCCUCUUUCUGUUGUUUCCACUAAUCCCCCUCAGAACAUAUACUUAAUAUGUGACACUAAUAAUACUAAACAAACAGAUUUGGCCAAACAUGCAGUGCUGGAUAUUUAAAAAUAAAAAAUGAAAACACACAUGGCCUAAGUAUGCACCAGUCUUUUCACUUAGUGGUCAGAGGUCUCGAAGCUGAAAACUAAAAGCAGAGGGAAGAAGAAAUGCCCUAAUUCUGUGGUUAUUAGUGGAGCUGCACUGUAUGAUCCUGGAUUAAUGCAAUACUGAGCUUGCCUGUGGAACCAGAUCCCUCAAAUUCCAGUUUUUGGCAAAAUCACAGGUUGAGGUUUGCAUAGACUCCACUGCCACAUUGAAUCAGGGUUUAUGGAAAGCAUUUUUGGUUAAGAAACAUGGCAACAGGAUCUAUUUCAAUCCUUUUACCCCAACAUCCCACUUUUCAAAAGGUAGUUUAUGUACUUCCAUAAAUUUCAUCUAAAUACCGUGGAGCACCAAGGCUCUGUUUCCUAUCCAUGCAUUUGGUUCAUCUGGGCUGCACUGAAGUGCCAUGCUUUCACAAGAAGCAAGCUGCAGUGAGAGAACUGAGCUAGCUGAGAGGCACAGGUACACAGGUUAAAGCAAGGGACAAAUAUCACCUCCAUAAGCAGGCUGUGGCUCCUGAGCCACCUACUCUGCAGGGGAAGGCAGGAUUCGAUACCAAAGGGGAAACAGCGAGGAGUGGCAGAGCAUGGUGGUGACAGAGCCCUGUACUGCGUGUUGUUUGCUGGCGCAGAUGGGAGCAAGAGAUUGAAAAGUACACAAUGACAGUAGCAAGCACCUUCUUUCAGUUCCUCCUACUUUCUGUUCUCUGCCUCUUUUCUCUCCCCACUUUUGGUCAUUAUUUGUGAGACUGCAGACAUACUUCUAUGGGCCCUUCAACCAGAACUGAAGGCAAGCCAAAGGGAGUGGACACUCCAUUUCACCAAAGAUCUAAGCCUUUCCUGUUUGAAAAUUAAAAAAAAUAAAAUUUUAUUUCCAUGAUGAUGGCUGCCACAGGAAGCAUUUUACCACAAAACAUGAUUCCCAGGACUUAAUCUCUCUAGCUGUAUAUUCAGGAGGAGCCAAAAAUAUUUUUUAAGAGAGACUAUAAAUCACCUUGUCAAGCAAGUGCUUACAUGGGGUUUACCUUCUGCUAAUUUGAUACCUAGCUGCAAUUCCUUGGUCUCAUCCAUGUUUCCUCCCUCUACCUUUCCGCUCUUCUUUAGAAAAACACCUUCCUAUGUCCGCUGCGUCCUGUUGUGCCGCUAGCUUUGUAUGGUCCUUGGGUGUCCAGUGGUCGGGCAGUCACUGUCAGCUGGCUUGCAAAUUGUAUUUUCUGUAUAUUUUAUUCUGACUGAAUUCUGAAAUGGAAAUAUUUUAAAACAAAAAGUAUAAACUAUUUAUGUUGUUUGUGUUGUAGAAUAAAGACUCAAAUGCAAAAUAAAUUAUGCUUUGGUUUUGUCUAACAAAAAUUAUUUUACAGUUCCUGAUAAAGGAAAGGAACAGAACUGAGAAAGGGCCUGAAAUAUGUGGUAUGUACCAGCAGGGACUGCUGUUUUUAUGGAUGACCUGCAGAAUUUAGUCACUAUGAACUGCUGGGGUUUUUUGAUGGCAGGGGAUAUCAUUUAAAGAGGGAUCAUUAGCUGAGAGCAGCCCGGCUGGGUUGAGGCUGGGAGGCGGGGACGCAGUUGCAAGCAGUGGAGCAAGGUGGAGGCACGAAGACAGAAGACCAGGUUAAUGAAAGCAUGAGGUGGCUCUUGGGCAGCAGCUUGAAAAAAUUUGGACACGCUGACAGGGGAAACUAUGACUGGCUAAACAGUGAACCUGGUGGGCCACUUCUGGAAACAGAGCUUCAGAGCAGACAACAGACAAGUUCAACCAAAGACGACAUAGAACCGUUUCUGUGCAUCAUAUUGCCUGCCACCAUGAUGCUCUUCCUGGCAUUCCUGCUGCUCUUCCUGUACCGCCGUUGCCAGCGCCCCACUCAGCAGGGGCAGAUCUUCAGCAUUGACCUUCCUGAGGCCCUGCCUGAACAUGAUGUGUCCAAUUUCCUUUCUGCACUGCCCUGGAACAGUGAACAGAGUUUCCACUACUCCACACUGGUCCCUGAUGCCACAUUCCUCUCUGUGUGUUUACCUCCAUCGUAUGAGGAGGCCACCAUGAAGACUUCCAUGGAAGAGGCUCACAUUGAGCUCUCUCCAGACCCAGUGCCUCCUUAUGAAGAGAGCACACUGCAGACCAGCAGCGCCAAAUAAACUUUCUAUGGAAGCACCUUAGCUGAAGCAUGCAACCCCCUCAAGGCACAAGGGUAGAACUGCUAUGGCCUUUAAAAUUCGUGAAAAGAUUCCAAAUGAGGCACCAAACCAAUGAAUUUAUACAGGAAGAAACUUGAAGUAACAGGGAAUGAGUCUCUUCACCUCGUCCUAGGACUCUCUACCUUCCAUUUGUGGCAAGUCUACACAUGGUAUAGCACCAAAUCUGAUCCAGACUGGCAGCAUGGAUUAUUCCAGUUAACAAACAUGUCAUGAAAGGAUUAAACUUAAGGAAAGUUGAGAAGCUGUUCCUCUGCCAUACAUCACCUACAAAGAAAUGUCAAUAAUAUUAUAGAUUCACUUGUCACAAAAAGGGCUUUUAGCACAUGCCUAUUUCAGUUUGGAGGUUUUUUCUAUGUGUUUAUUUUCAAUUGAGUCUUUGACAAGCUUAGUCUCUCCAUCUGUGUGUGUUAACAUCAUCAUUCUGCAGUGCUCUGGAAUGAUCACAACAACUCUCAGGAAAGUAAAUAAAUAUAUAAUAUAUACAAAAUUUCCAGCAACUGUCUCCAAAGGUUCUAAUGUGCACUGUGGAUACAGGCUGUCUUUUCUCACAGUUGAACAAUGAGAACAAUCAGAGAAGAUCUGAUUGUUCUGGGUGUGGAAGACUCCAUACAAGAGCACAUUCACACUAUUGCUGCAAGCUUCCUGUCAAGGUCUGCAAGGUCCCAAUGUUCCAGACUACUUGCUUGACUUCUUUUCCAAUUUACAAGUCUAAAAUAAUAAACCAUGUGACUUUUUUGGUGCAGUGUGUAAAGAAGCUGAAGAAAAAUUAAUAAAUUCAAAUGCACCAAA